AUGUGGCAUGGCUUUGGCGGCUGGAGGUCGGCCAUCUGCAUCGAAGAACUGUACACCUCUUGUCUUGUUCCAUUGCGCUUCACAGCGUACCGACUAUUCAUUGCUGAAAAGACGGCCUGCCUGCUGCUUCAGUUGUAUGACUAUGGCGAUGAAACGCGCGACCGGACUUGUGCGCUUCAUGGCCGCAUUCUAUCCCUGAAGCAAGAUCCCCAGAAUGUUCUUUACAGAACAACUUGGCCAAGCCUGCAGACGGGGCUUGCUAGACAUCCCGUCAUUGAGGCUGAUGACACAAAAGAUCUGCUGCAGCAUUACUUUAGUCUGCACCUUAAUCUUGCAGAUUUAUACGAACAGUGGUCAAAGGCAGACCCCAAUUUUGCCAAGAAAGCCCCCGAAUUCGCGGGAGUACGGAUAUUAAGUCAGGAUGCUUGGGAGGCCUUGGUAGGCUUCAUUUGCAGCAGCAACAACAACAUAGCCCGAAUCUCUCAAAUGGUUCACAAAUUGUGCAUACACUAUGGGCCAUUAAUAGGAUACGUCGGCGAUGAGCCCAUUCACGAUUUUCCCACACCAGAAGCUCUUUCUGGGAGUAAAGUCGAGAGUCACUUGCGGGAGCUCGGGUUCGGAUAUCGCGCAAAAUACAUCGCCCAAACUGCACGUGUCAUUGCCAAAGAGAAGCCAGCAGGCUGGCUUGAAACACUACGAAAUCCGGAAUCUGCUAUAAAAAUCUUCGACAAGGCUGCACCUGGUGAUAUUCCAACAUAUAGAGCGGCCCACGAAGAACUUCUUGCUUUGACCGGUGUCGGGCCCAAAGUAGCAGACUGCGUGUGCCUCAUGGGGCUCGGCUGGGGAGAAUCUGUCCCCGUUGAUACCCAUGUUUGGCAAAUUGCGCAACGGGACUACAAGAUGGGAAGGUCUAAAACAAAGACGCUCAACAAAGCCAUGUACGAUGCGGUCGGCGACCACUUUAGAGGUAUCUGGGGAAGUUACGCUGGUUGGGCUCAUUCCGUGUUAUUCACCGCCGAUUUAAAAUCUUUCGCUGAUCGGCCGCUGAAACGAGAACUAGUCCUUGAGAGCGAAAUAACGCCCGAAAACAGAGACUCGAAUCAAAGUAGCCAGAAGAGAGUCAAAGCGGAAAACGCCGUUAAGGUGAAGCCAGAACAGGAGGUAGAAGCCGCUGUGGUGGACAUGGAAUUGCCCGCUAAGAGGAGACGAACGCGGCGCCGGCUCUAA